AUGAUAAAAUAGAUUUUAGCAUACAAAAAUUAUUUUUUAAUUAAGGAUUAAAGUUUAAUGAUAACGCAGCACUCUGAUUAAGAAAGAACAAUUGAUGAGUUAAAAAAUAAAAUACUUGACCUAAAAAAAUAACUAAAACAUACUUAGAGAUAGAACUCAUAAUUAUAAAUUGAUAUGAAAGAAGAAAAGAAAAAUUUAACAGUAGAAAAAGAAAUAGAGAUUAGGAAAAGAUAAUUUUAGGAUGAUUUUAAGAAGCAAGUAAUUAAAAUAGGUAAAAUAAGUGAUAAAUGUGAAGAUUUAAAUAGAGAAUAGAAAUAUUAGAAUGAAUUGAUAAAAUAAAAAAAUGAGGAAAUACGAAUUUUGCUCUAAGAAAAUGAUCAAUUAAGAAGAAUUCAUAAAGAGCACAAAGAGUAAAUCUUUAAAAUUUAAUCUCUUGAGGAAGAAAAUAGGCAGCUUAAAGACAAAUUAAAGAAUUUUUAAGAAGAUAUGGAUAAAUUAUAGGCAGAAAAGAAAGAAAGCUUCUUAAAACUCAAAGAUGAAAUUAGCAAAGCAAAGGUAGAAAAUAUUGAUCUCAUGGAAACAAUAAAUAAAUAAUUGGUAGAGUUAUCUGACUGUAUCAAUUUAACAAAUAAAUACAAAGAAAUCAUUCUAAGUCAGCAAAAAAAUAUUGAAAUCAGUAAUAAAACUAACUCUGAAGCUAAUGAGAUUAUUGUUGGAUUAGAUGAACUGGUUAGGUCUACUUCAAAGAAGAAAAAUAUUUUUUUAGUUAACUAAGGAGACUCUACCAGCACAUAUGAUAUUCUUUAUAUUUUAAAAAAUAAUAUUCUUUCUCUAGCUAAAUAGUAUUAAGAUAUUAAAUAAUCAAAAAAAAAAUAUAAAAAUAAAUGUUAAUUUUAUACUGAAGAAAUCAGGGACUUAAAGGAAAUGUAGAAACAGCAAAAAUUAGAAAAUGAAUAGCUAAAAACAGAAAGCUUAUUGUUAUAAUAGUAAUUUGACUAGACAGUAAUUCUAAUGGAGUAAUAAAUAAACGAGAGGAAUAUUGAAGAGAUGAAGCUAAAGUAGUAGUUAAUAGAUAUCACUUCCAAAAUUUCAGAUUUACAGAAUGAAUUUGAAGAAUUUGACUCUAAAAAAUAUCAAGAGAUGUCUUAGUAAUUUGGCUAAUAUGUACAGGCUUUGCAUUGUAAGACUGCAAAACUUCUCAAUGAAAAGUAAGUCUGUGGUAGCUUUGUUUCUGGAUAUUUAAAGUUAAUGGAUAAAAUGAAUGGUUUAGCACAACAUCUAAACAUUUUUUAUACAAAUUCUAAUAAUUCAGUAAAAUAGAAAGCCUUGAGAAAAUUAAAAAAAGUAUUUAAAGCUGUAUUCUUUGCUUAGCUUAUAAAAUCUAGAAGAUCUCUGCUGAAAAUAGAUGUCACAACUGUAAAUCAAGCCAUAAAGUAAUCGUAGAAAUACCAAUACAAAAUGGAGAAGCUUGAGUUAUAAAAAGAUUUCAGCAGCAUAGUAAAUAGCUUAAAUGUAUAAAAUUAAGAUUAUUAUCCUUACAGUGUAACACAAUAGUAAAGCAGUAAAAUUACUUCUCAAAUAGAGUAAAAUAUAUAGCAAAAAAUAUAAAACAAAGAAAGUGAAAUCGAUGUACUAAAGUUGAAAUUUGAAAAACUAAGUGAAGAGCUUUAUCAAUUUAGUUUAGAAAAAGAUUCAGCCAAAAAUGUAAUUGAGGAUCUAAGAAAAAAAAAUUUUGAGCUAGAAUUUGAAUCAAAAAGAUUAUCUGAAGAAAAUCAUUCCUUAAAUGAACAAUUAAAAUUUCACAGAUAACAUUUUGUUUAGGAAAAUUAUGUUGAAUCAGCCAAAUUACCAUCAUAAGAUAAUUUUUAUUAAAGUGGGGUUUCUAGCAGGUUAAGUAAAACAGAUGGAUAUACUUAGAACAACUACGAAUCUAAAAAUAAAUUUAAUAAUAUAUUUUUGAAGUAAGAUGAUACUUAAAAUAAAUUAUCAGUUUAAAUAUUUGGAUCAAAUAAAAAUCUUAAAGACCAUUAAAAUAAAAAUUAAAUUUCCAAUUUUGAAAGUUGCUUAAACAGUCCAGCAAUUAAUAACAACAAUGAUAUGAACAGCAACAUAGGCUCUUUUGAUUUUCUAAAGUUUUAGUCAUCUUAAAAAAACUCAAAUUAAAAAUCUGAUUAAAUAAGAAACAAUAUUUUUGUAGAUUAAGAUCAAAAUUAAAACAUUUUUAGCACUGAUAACAAGAAAUUAGCUUACUUAGAACUUAAAAAGUAACAAUAAAUUUUAGAAUAAAAACUAUCUUCAAAUUAAAAUGAAAUUGAAAAAAUAAGAUCAAAUAGUCAAACAAAAUCUCGAACAGCUUCAAAAAGACAAUCUGUAGAUUUAGUCUAGGAUUCAUUCAAAUUUAAUACAUAAUAGUUUUAAAACUAGCUAAAUAACCAAAAAAAUCCAAGCUAUUUUUCAAACUAGAGUGCAAGCAAUUAAUAUGAAUAAAAUAUUAAUUCUUCAAAUAACCACAAUUAUUAUCCCAAAGCUUCUCUGUAUAGCAAUAAUAACAAUUAUACAUUUAACAAUAAUUCUUCAGCUUAAUUAGUUUAUAGUGAUUCAUAAAGAAAGGCUAGAACUAUUUAAGACUUGCUAAAAUAAGAAUUAUUUGAAAGCCAAAAAUUUAGUAAAUUUUUGACAUAACAAGAAUGA